GGAACUGCCCAAGUCACCUUCCGCCCUCCGACCCCAGGACCCGGCCCGGCCGCCCGCAUCCCAUUCCGGGCCUCACCGCCCGCCUGGGCCUCCGGCCCCAGGACUUUGACCCGGAGGGAAGCCCCGAGCCCCCAGAGUGAAGGCAGAACCCCUAGGACGCUCCACGUGCGUGCUCGCCCUCUCUGUUCCACCCUCGGCGUUUGUUUUUCCUAUUUUGAGGUAGGAAAAGAACACCACCCAUCAGGAGGCCACGGGGCAUCCCUCUUCCGCCAAGAAUUCUUCGCAGGAACCCCGGGAAAGGGGUGCUGAGCCCUCCAGGUCUGGAGAUGGACAGGCGGGCACUAGGAGGGGUCUCGGCAUACGAAGGUGCAGCCGGCUCCGGAGCCCCUCGUGCCCCUACCUCCGCCUGCCACCCUCAGGGCACUUAGCCGUCCCAGGUCCCGGCUCCCCGAGUGCCCUGCGCGAUCCCCCGGGGAGCCGGAGUUGCCCAGCUGGACGCACGUUGAUAUGUUUGUCGCUUUACAGAAACUGAGCCAGGAGGGAUAGAGCUCGGUCUUAGAGAUAAAGAUGGAGAAAAUGCGUAUUUAUCCUUUAAUAUAUUUACAUAGUUAGAUGUUCCGUGUUUCUAAUGCACAUAAAUGGCACAAAGGCCGUCCGCCCCGCACGCCCAGCGCGUGGUCCUCGCCAGCCGGAUGUUGACGGCGUCGCGUAGCAACAGGAGAUGGCGGAGCCUGGCGGCCGGGCUGGCGGGUCUCACCUGGAAGGCAAAUCUUCUGAAGGAGAAGAGGACCAGAAUCAUGAAGGCAACAGGGUAUCACCGAAAGAGAAGAGCAGUGACCAGAGAAAUGAAGAAACUGAGGGUGCUACAGAGCAUUCAGAAGGGGAAAUCAAAAAUGAUGGGGAAGUCACAGCCCAGGGGAAAGAUGAAGAUGACGAGGAAGUUGAAAUCCAAGGGGAAAUGGAAACGGAAGAGGAAUUCGAAUUUGAAGAGGAGUUAGAAUCUGAUAUUGAAGCCACAGCCCCUGAAGGGGAAGUCACUUCUCCAGAUCUGGCAUACUCAGACAUCAGUCCUGGGGAGGUCGCCAGAGAUGAAGUUGGCCCCACAUGCCGGCAUGAAAGAGCAAGGAGGAAAACAGAUCUGGAAGAGAGAGAGGCCCCCGGCCCAUCCAAAUCCAGAGGAGUGGGAGUCAUCUCCACAGAGCCCUCCCAGCAAGUAUCAGGCUCAUCUGAGCAAAUGGACCAGGAAUCGGGAGCGCUCCGGCAGAAGGUCUUUCCUCUGGGGGCUCAGCACCGCCUCGGACAGAGCCGGGGGAGCAGCAACACAUCCCUGGACUUUGACGAGCCGCCUCUGGUUACCGAGGGCCCCUCCACGCAGGAGCCAGAGCCUGAUGCCCACCCCAGGGAAGGAGCCACAUCCUCAUUCCUGGAAGGGAUCCAGCAGUUAAGCAUGGCCGAGGAAGGAGGCCCGGUGGAGACUGUGGCGUCUGAGGCCAGCGACGAGGCCGAAGGAGACAGAUCCCAGCUGGUGGUUUUGGCCCCAAACCAUCCCCUGAUGGUAAGAUUCCAGGCUGCCCUGAAGAACUAUCUUAACCGGCAAAUAGAGAAACUGAGGCUGGAACUUCAAGAGCUGGGCGUGGCCACCAAGCAAAGCCGAGUCCAGCGGCAGGAGCUGGGGGUGGACCUAUACGGGG